UUGACAAAUGACGUUUGAAAACAAUGCAAUCGCAUUUUUUCAUUAAAUUAAUUUAAAAUAAUAUUGUAAUACAUUCAGUGAUGUGAAAUAUUCGUAACAUAUUACAUACGAAAAGGACUUUAAUUUGAUAAAAUAUGUGAACCCGUAUAGUGCUCUGAACUUUGGAUUUGUAUUGUUUUUGUUCGCCUUGUAUUGGCUGCUAAAAAUGAGUUCUCCGGAGUUAUUACUGAUAGAUAGACUUAGAAAAGAGAAUGUAGAUCAGUUUUUUACUUUAGUGCGCAUGCAUUUAUCCUUUGUUGUGGAUAUUAAUACCGACGAUGUUGAUAGUUCAACAGAUAAGCCAAAGCAGUUUAGGUGGAAUUUCAACAAGAAGACGAAGAAUUCCAGUUCAAAUUCUAGUCAAAACAGUGCUUGCAAUAGUAAGAACAACGCUGAAGGGAAUACUAUAACUGAAGAGGGAAUGUUAAGGCUUAACGAAGUGAUAGAUUUCUUAUCAAAGUCUGACAAUGUGACGCAAGAAGGCAUAUUCCGGCGCACGGGCUCUCUAACACGCCAACAGGAGCUCCGUCAAUUGCUCAUCACAGGCUCAAAUUUGUGCCUUGAUGAGGGUAGAUUUUCUGUACAUGAUUGUGCUUCUGUACUAAAGGGUUUCCUGGCUGAACUGCCUCAGCCCUUAUUAAUGGACCAGUAUUAUCAAAUUUAUUGCACUUUGGCAUCACAAUAUCCACCAACUGCAGAAGCAUCGGAACCGAAACUCCUCACAGCUCUACAACUAUUACUUCUUCUACUAUCUCCAUCUCACCGUAGUUUCCUACAACGGUUGCUGACUCUUUUGCGAUUGGUGGCAGAUAACGAAGCGUCCAACAGAAUGUCGCCAGACACUUUAGCCACAAUGUUCACUCCACAUUUACUUUGUCCUAGGAAGAUUGGACAAAGCAAUUAA